UUGAUUUGCCUCUCUGCUCAGACCGGCUCCUGAUUGGAUAACUAAAAGGGCGUGCUCUUUGCGCUGAUCAAAUUGCUGUUUUCAGAUUGGUCAGCGCGACUGUCAUCCGCAGCAGCUCCCUGUCACGUGUUCGCUGCAACAUGGCCGCUGCUGUUGUGGCGUGCGGAGCUGGCACACACCACACUUCAGAAAGCCAAAUGCCGCUAAAGAAAGCUCUCUCUGCGGCGUCCCCGCUCACCCUGCGGAUCGUCGCGGAGUGCUCAGUGACAAAAGCCCGGGCCUGUGAUCUAAUUCUGCCGCACAGCGCCGUCAGCACACCGGUGUUCAUGCCCGUCGGUACUCAGGGGACUCUGAAGGGGAUCACCGUGGAUCAGCUGGAGGGUCUUGGCUGUCAGAUUUGUCUUGGGAACACGUACCACCUGGGCAUGAGACCGGGACCCGACUUGAUCACGAAAGCCAAUGGUUUACAUGGAUUCAUGAACUGGGGUAGAAAUCUUUUAACUGACAGCGGAGGCUUUCAGAUGGUGUCUCUCGUUGAACUCUCAGAGGUCACCGAGGAAGGGGUCAAGUUCAAGUCGCCCUACGACGACAAAGAGAUCCUCCUAAGUCCUGAGAAAUCCAUCAGCAUACAGAACAGUCUGGGGUCAGACAUCAUGAUGCAGCUGGAUGACGUGGUCAGCAGCACUGUGACAGGCCCGCGGGUGGAGGAGGCCAUGCACAGAUCCAUUCGCUGGCUGGACCGCUGCAUAGCAGCUAAUAAAAAUCCAAACAAACAAAACCUUUUUGCCAUCAUACAAGGAGGGCUGAACGCAGACUUGCGCAAAGCUUGUCUAGACGAAAUGACCAGGCGCGAUGUUCCCGGUUUUGCCAUCGGAGGCCUGAGUGGAGGGGAGGAGAAGGAUGACUUCUGGCGGAUGGUCACGCUGAGCACUGACCACCUGCCACGAGAAAAGCCUCGAUACCUCAUGGGUGUGGGGUACGCCGUGGAUUUGGUGGUGUGUGUCGCUCUGGGAUGUGACAUGUUUGACUGCGUGUUCCCCACACGCACUGCAAGGUUUGGCUCAGCCUUGGUGCCUUGGGGAUCUCUCCAAGUAAAACAUAAGCAGUAUGCCAAGGACUUCCAACCCAUUGACCCAGACUGCCAGUGUCCCACGUGCAAGAGACACACUCGAGCUUACCUUCAUGCCCUUUUUAAGAGCGACACUGCAGCCAUGCAUCACAUCACCAUCCAUAACAUCGCCUAUCAGCUCACCCUGAUGCGCUCUGUGCGGCAGAGCAUCGUGGAGGACCGCUUCCCCGAAUUUAUACGGACGUUCAUGAAGCGAAUGUUUCCGUCUCGUGACCAGUACCCCGGCUGGGCUGUGGACGCUCUGGCCUCCGUCAAUGUUACAGUGGAAUAGAACUCGGAAGGAAAGAUUUUAUAUAUUUUGAAUUACCUUUUUAAAUUGAUGAUUGUUUUUCUACUCUUUGUUUAUGUUUGUAUCAGCUGCUUUGUUGGCAGGUAAGCAAAUGGCUUUUGAACUGAGAGAAUAAAGCCUGAUUGUCAUUUUUUACGACAAACUUCUUUACUCAGCCUUGCAAAUUGCUCUCCGAGUACACAUUAUGAUAAUGUGAGACAGUAUGGGGUCUAAAUGAGAUUUGAAACACAUGAACUAUCUCCUCGGAUAUUCUCAGACAGUUUUUGUUGUUACCAUGGCUACACAGCAAGGCCCGCCCACUUGAAAUGAAAUGUUUUGCCUGCCUGUCAAGCUCUUUGUAUUUUUAUUUAUGCCCGAGCGCAUUUAAGGGGUAUUUCAUUAUCCCUAAAUGCACAAUAUUAAUAAAUGUACAUGUAUGUUUUACAAACUAA